GCAGCGCAGCCUGGGACUUUUUUUUUCUUCCCUCUCGCAUCAUGUAAAUCGACGAGAAACAGGGAACCCCGCUUCAGAGAGAUUUCCUCUGUGCUGCCGACCACAAGUGAUGGGCUACUGAUCGGAAUACGCGCCGGGGGAAAGAGGACUUUUUGUACAUCCCCGACUCCCGAAGAAACAUGUCCAUAUGCUACGCUGAUUAGACAGCACUCGAGUGAUUGUCCAACUUUUUUUUUCCCUUUUGUCCUUUUUUACGCACCUCUCUUUGAGGAUCCCCUCACAGCCCCCUAGCCGCCCAACCUUCCAACUUCAAUCACUUUGUCAACCCUAGAGGCCUCCUGACAAGAUUCGUGCAGGACGCGAGUGACAUGACACAAGGGGGAACCGGCGCAGAUCAGCUAGGGUGGCCAUCAGGACUUUAAAUAAGCAGAAUCCAAUUGGAGCGCUCCUAUCCGGUGAACAUCACAAAAGCCACACAAGUCUCUACCCACAAUGAGGAUGCACACGCUGCUGGCGGUGGUCUUGCUGCUAUUCGUCGUCACUGCCGGGUCCUUCACAGGCGCGGCCCAGGAAUUUAAUCACGACGAGGAAGGCGUGGAUCAGGAGUUCCUCCACGUGAACAGAUACAAGAGGGCCAGUGACUCUCAGCAGGACAACAAAUGCUCGUACACCUUCAUCGUACCACAGCAGAAGGUGACGGGAGCCAUCUGCGUCAACUCCAAGGUGCCCGAUGCCAUCCUGGAGAACAGAGUGAACAAGCAGGAGCUGGAACUGCUCAACAAUGAACUGCUCAAGCAGAAGAGGCAGAUCGAGACGCUGCAGCAGCUGGUGGAGGUGGACGGCGGCAUCGUCAACGAGGUCAAGCUGCUCCGCAAGGAGAGCCGCAACAUGAACUCGCGGGUGACGCAGCUCUACAUGCAGCUGCUGCACGAGAUCAUACGCAAGAGGGACAAUGCCCUGGAGCUCUCGCAGCUCGAGAACAAGAUCCUGAACCAGACCACCGAGAUGCUGCAGCUCACCAACCGCUACAAGGACCUGGAGUACAAGUACCAGCACCUGGCUAACCUGGCAAACAACCAGUCCAUCCUGAUCGCACAACUCGAGGAGCAAUGCCAGAGGCUACCCAUCAGACCCAUCCCUCAGCCGCCGCCCGCCCAGCCGAAUAAAGUGUUCCAGCCGCCACCCUCCUUCCCACGCAUCACCAACCAGAUCACCAAUGAGAUCCAGGGAGACCAGAACCUGAAAGACCAGCAGCAGGCCCUCCCGCCACCACUGCCCACCAUGCCAUCUAUCACCGUCAGCCCAACUGCCACCAACAGACCAUCAGGUCCCUGGAAGGAUUGUCUACAAGCGCUCGAGGACGGCCAUGACACCAGUGGCAUAUACCUGGUGAAGCCCGAGAAUGCCAACAGGCUGAUGCAGGUGUGGUGCGACCAGCGGCACGACCCCGGAGGCUGGACAGUCAUCCAGAGGCGACAGGAUGGCUCUGUUAACUUCUUCCGGAACUGGGAGACAUAUAAGCAAGGCUUUGGGAACAUCGACGGAGAGUACUGGCUCGGCCUGGAGAACAUUUACUGGCUCACCAGCCAGGGCAACUAUAAGCUGCUGGUCACCAUGGAGGACUGGCUGGGCCGCAAGGUAUUUGCCGAGUAUGCCAGCUUCAGACUCGACCCAGAACCGGAGUUCUACAAACUCCGGCUCGGCCGCUACCAUGGUAACGCUGGGGACUCCCUGACGUGGCACAAUGGGAAGCAGUUCACUACUCUGGACAGAGAUCACGAUGUGUACAACGGUAACUGCGCCCACUACCAGAAGGGAGGCUGGUGGUACAAUGCCUGUGCCCACUCCAACCUCAACGGCGUGUGGUAUCGAGGUGGGCACUACCGGAGCCGCUACCAGGACGGAGUGUACUGGGCCGAAUUCAGAGGGGGUUCUUACUCACUGAAGAAGGUGGUGAUGAUGAUCAGGCCCAAUCCCAACACGUUCCACUAGGAGCCAGAGCCACAGGCCGCCUCACGACGACGUA